AUGCAGACACAGCGCGACGGCCCGAUGAUAGACAUCAUCAAGGUGAGCGAGUGGCUCACCAAAAAUGUCAACGAGAAGCUCUACCCACGGUUACUCUUGAUGUCACCCAAUGGCAACCUGCUCGCCUACUCAACCCCAGUUAACAUCAAGGAACUUCGCGACCAAGCAGCACUAAUCUCAGCGGCGUGGAAGGAGCAGUGCCUUGGUCGACAAACGCAUUCUACACCAGAUCCGCGCAAAGACUCCGCAAGAGACGAUGCAGAGGCAGCACACCAGAGCGGCUUGAAGCCCGCCCUUGAGACACUCACUAUCGAGGCAGAAUACUGCAAUAUACUCAUUCGAUCACUACAGCCGGAACUUCUGUUUGUCUUGAUCGGUGAGCUGCCACCAAAUAAAUCACAGCAGUUCAAGAUUACCGCCGAGGGCAAUGGUGAUGCACGGUAUCCCGCGCUGGAGGGAUCUGACACGCGACCCAAAACGCCAACAGUCCCACAGAAUGCUGCUGGUAAGCUCAAAGCUCCCUCGGUACUCAGCUCAAUGAGCCAGCGAGAAAAAGACAUCAAUCUUGGCAUUCUGCACAUUCAACGCAAGAGACUCGACGCCUUGACCGAGUACAUACAGCGUGACUUCAAGGACAGCGGCUUUGUCAUGCCAGCAGAUUGGGCGCUCCAGUAG